UAAAUAGGUUUAACACUAAUCUUAUAAGUGUUAUGGAAUUGGUCAGGUAGAGUGAUUCACUGAUUACACAUGCAAUAUUAGGAUUUCCCUUUAAAUCAUAAGUGGUAUGUAUAGACAUAUAUUUACACCACAUGGCUAUAUAAAAGAAAUAUACACGUACGUAUCGAUAAUAGAUAAUUUAGAAGAUCUUUUUUACGGACCCGCCACCAUCAACUAAUCGAGGGGAUUUAUUGAAUAUUGUGAACAAUAGUGGAGUGUUUUUAAAUUCAGGACUGUUGGACUUUUUUUAACGUAAACAUACAAGAUCAUGGAUACCGUGACAAAAGGGGACCUUAUUGAGAUAAGCGCGCUCAAUAGUCCACCUCAAUUAGUGAAGGACACGCUAGAAGCAGCCUUUCUACUACUAGGCUACCCUGCUGCCGAGGCCAAGAGCUGGAGUUUUAUAAAAAAGAAUCUAGUCAGCAACAAAGACUCGUUACAGAAUCAGUUAAAGAAUUUCCAGGCAGAUAAAUGUGACUCUGCAUCAGCAAGGAAAGCCAAAGAUUUAAUUGGUGACGUGACACUUGAAAAAGCCAGAAAUGUCAGUAAGGCAGCAUCCAGUCUCGUGGCUUGGUCACUAAAAGCAUUGAAAGACGUAGAGGAAGCAGGAAAGCUUCAGAAUACUACCUGAAAUUUGCCUCCGGACAAUCACUAGUGUUGAAUUAUAAAUUGAAUAUUAAUAAAACACAAUUUGUAGAUUCAUUAUUUCAGAAACCGAUAGUUUAGCAACAAUGUUUAGGAGACCAUUACCGUUGUGUUUUCAAAAUAAAUCCAUGGACAUCGAAAUGAAUGUUAUUUCAUGUUCAUAAAGAGUC